AUGCGCAGGUCUAGCACCGAUGAGUCGACCUAUCACAGGAGCCCUUCCCUGGACAGCAAGGAUUACAGUUUCCCAAAUGGCGCCUUUCGUCGCUACAGCAGCAUGUAUGGUGGCCAGUUUGGGGCUGCCAGCAACUCUUUUUUUGGAUUCCACACCAACCCAGGCCCUAAGGCCACCAAGGCUAAGUACACAUCCCCCAAGGGAAACAAGUACGUUGUCUUUUACCUGGAUCUCUCGUUUAUUUUUCUCCUAGAACUGAAGAGGUGCAGCAUGGCUCACAACUGCCUGCAGUGUAUCAAGUACCUAAUGUUUGUCUUCAACCUUCUCUUCUGGUUGGGAGGUUGUGGAAUCCUGGGAGUAGGCAUCUGGCUGGCUGUUACCCAAGGGAACUUUGCCACCCUCUCCUCUUCUUUCCCGUCCCUGUCAGCUGCCAACCUACUGAUCGUCACAGGGACAUUUGUCAUGAUCAUUGGCUUCGUGGGCUGCAUAGGUGCCAUCAAAGAAAACAAGUGCCUCCUGCUGAGUUUUUUUAUCAUGCUGUUAAUUAUAUUUCUGUUGGAGCUUGCUGUUGUGAUUCUGUUCUUCGUCUACACCGACAAGAUUGACAAGUAUGCUCAGCGGGAUCUGAAGAAAGGGCUUCAUUUGUAUGGGACAGAUGGAAAUAUUGGCCUAACUAAUGCAUGGAGCAUCAUUCAAACAGAUUUCAGAUGCUGUGGAGUCUCCAACUACACUGACUGGUUUGAAGUGUACAAUACAACCCGGGUGCCAGACUCCUGCUGCUUAGAAUUCAGUGAGAACUGUGGACUCCAUUCCCCAGGGACCUGGUGGAAAGCGCCUUGCUAUGAAACAGUGAAAAUAUGGCUCCAGGAAAACUUACUAGCAGUGGGAAUCUUUGGAUUGUGCACAGCUAUGGUGCAGAUUCUCGGACUCACCUUUGCAAUGACCAUGUACUGUCAGGUAGUCAAGGCAGACACCUACUGUGCAUAGGAUACCAUUCCCAAUCUUUCUGCUCCUCCUCCAAAGGACACAGGAGAAAUCUCCUUCAUGCUCAUUCAUGUCUCUGCCCCCACCCCCCCUUUGUACUAUAAACUGUGUAUAAUGCUAUCUUUCUGAAGAUUUUGUGAAUCACCCCACUUUACUGAAGGAAGAAGAAAAGAAAAAGUCAGUACUUGAACUGGCACAGGUAAGAAGCAGCCUUGUCUUUAAACAGAAGAAAACCUCCAAAGAGCGAUGGUUCCUUUUCCAUGGCCUAUGGCAAGGCAAAGGAGGCUGCUUAUGAGGGGCUGAUCUGCAAACCGAUGUUAGGAAAAGAUUGCACUGAGGCAACCUCUGCAAAACCUGCCAGGUUGCCUUCCCGCAUUUCACGGUCUGGAAGAGAGGGUGUAGAAAAUGAGUAUUCUUCAGCAUGGAAAGAAGGUACAGAGUAGCUAGCACUGAAUGCAAUUGUAGUUUUACUACAGUUUGUACACAGCUAAAAUGUCAAGAUCAAGCAGCCCUGCCUUCAAGCAUCUCGAUGAUUUUGUAGCCAGGAGAGGAUCAUCUUCAGAAAUAUGUUAUUUUAAAGGAGUAUUUUUAAUCUUAUGCGCUACAAAGUCAGGCUUUUAAUCAGAAUCUGUACAGUGAGAUCUGGCUAUUAAGGGAAAACAAUAUUGGACAUUGUCGCACUUACUAAGUGCCAGUGGCAUACAGAUGGUUGACUGUAUAUGUAAUAUAUAUUACAUUCAUAUACACAUACUGGUCUGAAAGGAGGUGAAAAUAUCCAGCAUCUAACCUCAGAAAAGAGGGAACCUUUCGAUCCCAUUUUACAUUCCAACUGAAAUAAUCCAGUAUUAUUUCUUGUAGGAGGCACUAUCACUUAUACCUCUGGGAAACAAGUAAUUACUUUCAGAUGUAUCUUCAUUUCAGUAAACAACUUGUGAGUGGGCUCUCUCUGUCAUUCUACUAUGGUUUUAUUUAUCAUCCCUGUUUCAAGUUAGUCUGCCAAAAAAAUAUCACUCAUUUCCACACUUGAAGAUCCGUACAAAGCUGUCAGCUGUUCCUUCCCUGAAUGUCACCAUUUCAUUAAUUUACUUUGGGAUAUCAUCAUCUGCCGGUAUGUUAGGGUUCACCUUGCUGAGGAAAAAUCUUUUGCACAUUGCUUAUUUUUCUGAGAGUUAUUAAGACUUCAGAUGUUUUUAUGCUUAGCUUUUUUUUUUUUUUCCCAGCUGCAUGCUUACAACAGCCAAGACACAUCAGUCUUUGUUAGAAUGGGAGUCACCUCUCAGUUCUGUUUUUCAGACCCAUCUCCCUCCACCUGGCUGUUGGCUAGAAUAUGCCCCACACUUUCUGGAAUUUGCAGAAAUCAAAAUCAUAACUCUCCUUAGCCAAAGAACAACCACCAGUUGUCCGAUUUCCCCACCCUGCAUUGGUAACUGAAGUAAUUUAUGUAGUACCCUUCUGUGCAUACGUUCUAGUGAUGAGGUUAAGAAUCAGAUGUUUCCUAUUAUUCAAACAAACAAUUCCCCAUCAGCAAGCAGCCCCAGAUAAUGCACAUGCGACAGCGAGAAGCUGAAGCACCCCGUGGAAAGGACACAGCAGGGAACAGGCAAACAGAGCAGUGCAGCUGGCCUGCUCCCUGCAGCCAGCCUUUGAGGACCUCUCAGCCACUGACAAUACACCAGAGGCACAACCAUGGAAACGUGGUGCCCCGUUUUCCCAGAAAGCUCAAUGCAGCCAAUCCUACUGUGACAGACUAGAAGCAUGCAUCGAGUUCAGGCAAAAAAAGUUACCCUGUACCUUUAGUACUUACAACAGCAGGUCUCAGCUGAGUGACAUUUUGCUUACUUUGAUUUAAAGGCAAUUUCCAGCAGUAAAGCUGGACUCGCCGACCUACAGCCUUGAACAGCCUCCUUAAAACCCGUAAAUAACUUUUUUCCUGGACCAUUGACAAAUACCACUCUCACUGCUUAGGUUUUGGGGGUUUUUUUUCCUCUUUGCCGAUUUCCUGCAGUCUACUCACCCUCAGGCCCAAACUACUCCAUGUUUUGUGGGGAAGUGCUUAGGACAGUCUGGUGUGUGAAAGAGCAAGUAUCUUCCAAAAUCUUACCCCCCACCUUUACGCAUCAACCUCUGUAGCAUGGGGCAUUUAGCUGUGCAGGCUAAGUUGAAAGUAAUGUAUUACUUGUGUGCAUUUUAUGUGGAUUCCCACUCACUAUCACAGCAACCUCACCACCACUAAAGGAUUUUACUGCCACGCUAACAAACCUUGGCGAAUGUUAACAGACUUUGACCCAAGACAGAGGUUAAACUGAGUGAGUAGUCCACACACAGGCACCCUGUAGCCCAAGCAAGAGACUUACUCUUGGUGUUACAACCACUACGGUCUCAAUGCUCUCUGCUUCCUGAGCCCAGCUGACCUGACAACAGUCCUGCUCUUUAAAAGAUGGUGUAAGUUCGUUCCUUCCCUCUCUCCACUCUGUUCCUUUCUUACCUGCAUAGACACGAUUCCAGGUUAGAUGUACCAUUAGUUCUUGCCAUGGUUUAUAGUUUGUACACACAGCUGCUCCUGCUGACAGCUCAGUUUCCACCGCUGAAAAGCAGCAUAACAGAGUGAUGAAUACAUUAAUAAAACAUUGAUUUUUAAGAAAGAUAUAAAAGGUAGACAAGUCUAUUUGUAGUGAUCCCUACCAUUAAAAAUUAACAGACAGCAGGCUGAUGAUGGCUCAGUUGAUAAGAGCAAACCGUUGUGCAACAGAGCUCCCACAGAGGGCAACUCAUCAAUUUGCCUGAUGGUGGCAUAGGGAGGAGAGAUCACAAAUUCUCAUUCUGUGAGUCUCCCAAUAAUAUGUGCUGAGCUCUUAGAGAAGACUGCUAGACUUCAGCUAAACCUACAAAAGAAACAAAUGAGAAACAGAGACUGAAGACAAGUCACACUUUGUGGUUCCCUCUAAUCAUUUUCCACAGUUUAGGUGUCUUUACAACAAGACAAACUGCCUCACUUUUCAAACACACAUAUCUAUAGGGAGUAUAAGCAAUACUCACUUUGUAAAUCCCAGUCACUGCAACAGAAACAUAUGGCACUAACUGC